CGAUCAGCAACAUUUCAAUUUAUUCCAUCGAACGGUGAACUAAGUGUCCACACAAUAGUUUUUCGACAGUGAUCGACAUUUAAAGCGCAAAAAACAAAAAAUUAUCGAAAUCAUGGUGAACUCAAUGGAUAAAAUCAUUUUGGUUGCUGCCGUUUUAUGCUGUGUUAUUAGUAUGGCAGCAUGUCAAAAUGAAGUGAAUAAUAGCACGUCAGAUUUGUCAGAAGCAGCUCGUACUUUUGGACAUCAUCUGUUGAAACGUUUGACGUUCGCCAUAAUUCCAACUGCAUUCGUUGUUGGUGUGAUAAUAACUCUUUUGGCCGCUUUAACCAUUGUUUCCAUCAAAGGUUUGGGUGUUGGGGUCAUUCUGUUGAUCAUUGCAAUUGGUCAAAUUUUGGCACGUACAUUCCAAGCAGCGCCUGUGCCAUUGCCGCAAUACAAUUCAGCAAUUCCACUUGUAUACCAAAGACAAGAACCAAUCUGGUUCGACAAACAGUGGUAGAUGUGUGUGUGUGUGUGUAUGUGCUCCAUGUAUCCCUUCGGCGAGGUUUUAACAUGAAUGGAACCAAUGCAAAUAACUUGUUUUAAUUAAUUUAUUGUCGCACUUAAGUCUAAUUUAUUUCAAAACACCCUGUAAUUUAUUGAAAACUUUAUUUAUUGAAUAUUCCAAAUAAAGAGAAGAAACCAAACAU